CUGUUAACGACAGGGGUGUAGACAAGCCGUUCAUUUGCGGAAGUGUGGAUCUAGGUUUUAAACAAGAACGCAACAACAAAGGGCAUUGCAUUGGAAAGUCGUGGAAAUACGAUAUCUAUCGCCAAGGCAUACCUAUUCAGUUGGUUGCUCCAAACUUGACGCUCACACCAUGGCUGCCGCGGAACCAGUCUACAGUCCAACAACAGUUUCAGAGACCAAAUCCAAAAAGUGGUUAAUUGUACCAACAGAUAAUUUGGAUAAAGUCAGAUGUUUGAUAAAGGUGGUGGAAGUGCUCCUGUCGUUUGUGGCCUUCAUUCUUGAAGAGGUAGUGACGAACUGUAAAUGUAUGCUUUACAGGACUGUGUGUGUGAGGAUACUUGUUUUCCCAUUUAAAUGUAUGCUGGUAUAUAUAACCAUGCUGACUUGUCUCUUGCAGGACUUUGUGUACACAGCUUUGAUGGCUGUAUUCUUCCUCAUCGCCUCCAUCGUGUUUGCCUCAGAUAAUGGUGGAACUGACCUGGAGAAUGCUGCUGUGGCAUUUGGCUUCCUGGCCACUGUGGCAUUCCUGGUGGAUGCUGGCUGGUUUGUGAAGACCAGGGGUUUUCCUUUUAAAAAGACCAACCAGCAAGCUGCAAGCAACGGCGGGGCUCCUGUGGCAGAGGCUGAGAAACUCAACAGGGAACAGAACGAAGCAGACUAGACCCAGGAUACCUAACGAGUGUAGCCCUGGUAUCUCUUUCUCCCACAUUUACACACGUAAACACACAACACACGAAGACUAUCAGAGGGCCACCUUAUAUCUGCUUAAAGGAAGGAAAGACUCCAGUCGUUUUAACAUCUUAUUCAGACCUUUUAUUCUCAGCAGUGGGACCAUUUUUGUAGGAGACAUGGUCUGUGUUGUAUACAUUCUGUUUCCUUGGACCAUGGACCUGCUUGGGAAUGGGACCACUCAUUGAUAAAAAUAGACCAAGGUUCUCCAACCCUGUUCCUGGAGAUCUAUCCUCCUGUAGCUUUUCACUCCAACCCUGUUCUUGGAGAGCUAUCCUCCUGUAGCUUUUCACUCCAACCCUGUUCUUGGAGAGCUAUCCUCCUGUAGCUUU